GGAUUACCAUUCUGACUGAGAACUCGAUGUCAGCAUGGACAGGCAAUAUUCUAUCUUCCCUUUAAUAUUUUAUGUGUCGCUAUACCUGCUGUUCUUCCUGGUUGAACCCUAUCGUUGUCCCACUCUGGAAAACUGGUGCCAAGAAGUGGACCCGCUCUGGCCGAUUGCUAUUUUUGUGAAGAUCCGAGACAACCCAUCGAGGAGGGAAUGUAGUAAAGCUGAACCAGUCUUGAUCCUGCCAGAUGAAUAUUAAACUCUAUGUGUUAAUAUAUUGUCAACGUUUUAGUCAAUAAAACUGGGAUU